AUGGCCUCAACAGUGGCGACGGACGAGUCGUCCGAGACCGUUGCUGGCUGGCAUCGCAAGGCUGCCGUGGCUGCUGGAGCCGUCUGCUGGUUCUGGAUCAUGUACCGGGCCAAGCAGGAUCUGCCGGUCAUGCUCGGCAUGCGCCACCCGUGGGAGGGCCACGGCCACGGCGACGGCCAUGGCGAUGAUCACGCCCACGGCGAGCACUGAACAUCGCUCUCCAAUCUUUGCCUGAAUGGUCCGUCAUUGAUCCGUUCUCCGCUGCAGGCGAGGCGGGGCAGCCGGCCGGACUCGGCCAUCGGCUCACCCUGCCUCUCCCUUCCACCCUCCGCCUUUCACACCACCCUUCCAC